AGGAGACUCACAUGCUUUAUAUAGGGAGUGUUGAGCUCCAUCAGAAUCAAACAGAAGACACACACAAACACGGUGAAAAGCGUUUACCUGCCCGAUCUGCACAUCAGGAAAUAUCAAAUCGAAUGACUGAAAGAGGGUGAGAGAGAGAAAGAGAGAUGGCCAGAUUCUUUAUGUUGAGUUUGAUUCUUGUUCUGUCAGCGAUCACAGUUUGUAGAGCACAAAAAAUCCAUUAUAGCCAUCACCACACAAAACCAGAUGUUGGGUGUCUGAACGGAGGAAGGUCUGUGUCUUUACACUCAGGUUUCACAUUCUGUCUCUGUCCUGACGGCUAUAUGGGCUCCAGCUGUGAGAAAGAAGAUUCUGACUCUUGCCUGGAUGGAAACGGGGAGCUGUACCGGGGCUCAGUGUCUCAGUCGGAGACAGGGCGAGAAUGUCUGCCGUGGAACUCAAAACGCUUGCAUGCGAUCAGAGGACAUGACAGACAUCUUCACCUGCGACACAACAAAUGCAGAAACCCAGACCACAGCUCUAAACCCUGGUGCUACGUCCAGACACGAUUUGGGAUUAUAGAAGAAGACUGUGACAUUCCUCGCUGUACAAACCACGGUGCUGAUGUCUCUCCCGUCAGACCAACAGUUUCACAGUCAGAUUUGCAGUGUGGUGUGAAGGAGGAGAGCGUCAUGAAGGUGGUGGGCGGGGCUUUGAGUACAGUACAGCGCCACCCCUGGAUGGCUGCGGUGUUUACACGGAGGUCUCAGAGUCAGACUCCAGUGUUCAUGUGUGGCGGGAGUCUCAUCUCGCCCUGCUGGGUCCUAACGGCCGCACACUGCUUUCCUCGUGGCUCUCGAACGAAUAAGAAUCAACUGUCAGUGUUUCUGGGGAAGAACACAAUAAAUGAGACGGACCUGCAGAGAGAGCAGAAGUUCAGAGUCUCUGAGGUCAUCAUCCACGAACACUUUGACAACACAGACGGCAACUUCAACAAUGACAUCGCGUUGUUGAAGAUUCACAGUUCUAAUGGUGAAUGUGCUCGAGAGUCCCGCUCGGUGAAGCCGGUUUGCAUCCCUGAUCCUGAACUCUCGCUCGAUGACGGGACGUCCUGUGAUGUCACCGGAUACGGCAAAGAGAGAGAAGGGUCGUGGCAUUACUCUCGCCAUCUCAGAGAAGCAAAGGUGGAUGUGUUGUCACAUGAUUUGUGCUCCAGUAAAACAUACUACGGCAACAUGAUGACCGACAACAUGCUGUGUGCCGGGAGUAAAGACUGGAGCACUGACACCUGUAAGGGUGACUCCGGCGGGCCGCUGGUGUGUGCGGUCGGUGGUCGUGCGUUCCAGUAUGGUGUGGUGAGCUGGGGUGAGGGAUGUUCUAGAGAGCUCCGUCCUGGCGUUUAUACAAAAGUGAGCAACUACUACCACUGGAUUCAGGAGAAAACCGGCCUGUCGUCCCUCACAGCGACGUCUGCUCACCUGUGAACCUCGUUCACACACCUGUACCUGAGGCUGGGUGUCUGAACGAGAACAUUCCCAAAGUCAUAGACACCAGUUUACAAUUCUGAGCCUUUACAAUCAGUCAACUAAGACCAAAUGUGUAUAAAUAGCUCACUGGAGUUCAAAUUUACAGUAACACUUUUGAUAUUUAUUAUUUUGUUAUUUUAUAACUUUUUAGGCUUUGGUGGUGACAUUGGUGAUUUACAAAUCAGAAUUGCUGAUUAAUCUGACAAUCAUUUGGUCAUUUUGAGAUUAUGGCCAAUAAACUGUGUGGACCAGUGUGGUUUUUCCACACAGACAAGCGUGUUAAUAGCCAACAUGGAUAACUAUUCCUGUUUUUCUUUGGCGUUUUAAUAAAUAUCGGGGUGGCUUAAGCCUAGUCCCAGACUAAUUUGGAUGUUAGAGGAUCGAAAACAACU